AUGAUGGUCUUGAAUAACAACCAUGUGCCUCAGACACCCCACUCUUCCUGUUGUCAAGAAAAGUCUUCUAUGGCACAGUCUCCCUUAUACACAGGCCACAGUGCCCAGCACUCUCACUUCUGUAUGGAGCUCUCUAUUGACCAUGUCAAGCCUUUCAUACUUAGACAUAAAAUCCAUCACAAUGCCUCAGAACAUCUCCACCAGACACAAGAGCCUAUCCCAUGCAACUACAACAAUGAUGUAGAAUACUUUUCUGAGCCUUUCUUCAUGCUGGAGGAGCUCAAUAGUGUUGAUGGCUUGGAGACAUAUGCUCCACUGAUCAUUCCUGCUGGUUUCAAGGAGAAUGACCCCUACAUCAAGGCCACAAACAAUAUGAAAAAAAAUAUCUCACCUGGGGAUUUGGGCACUCAUAGUAGCUACCACAUGGUUCUGAAUGGUAAAACAUGCAGUGUGCACCAGGGUUGGGACACUACCUCGAAGUUAGUGCUCAAUUUUAUGAGUGCCUCUUUUUUCCAAGUAGAUUCCUGCAGUGAUGCCAAAGAGUCCUGCCACCUCUCAUUCCACCUCAUCCUCCCCUCCCCCUCUAAAGGGAGAAAGCCAUCACUAUUUGCUGGCCAUCCCUUGAACCCCUUGAACAUUUUUGGUGCACUGCAGAGCCUUAAGGCAGGCUCAUCUGCCAGUGCUUACUUUAAAGAGCUAUGUGCCAGCCUCUGA